GUCGGGGGUCAUUUCAGUCCAACUGGCAGUCUGAUAGUUGUCAGGUCACUCUCGGUACCUGAAAGCGAGACCAGAAUGGCGGGACGUCUUCUCCUUCGAGCGACAACACUGCAGCUGAGGAGCAAUGUGGUGGCCAGACCGUUACACCGUGCCAUGGCCACAGUGAAAGGAAUACCAACAGAUGAAGAACAGGCCACUGGACUGGAGCGACGCGCCCUGCAGGCCCUCAAACAUGGAAAGGAUCCUUACAGUAUGCUGAAGCCCAAGGAGUAUGCUGGCACCAAGGAGGACCCUCACAUUGUGCCAUGCAUUGGAACCAAGAGGCUGGUGGGCUGUCUUUGUGAGGAAGACAACACUGCUAUCGUGUGGUUCUGGCUUCAUGAGGGAGGUGCCCAGCGCUGUCCUUCCUGUGGUUCCCACUAUAAGCUGGUCCACCAUGAGCUGCCCCAUUGAAACUAACUUUAACUCAAGCUCUGUAUAAAACGGGACAACACAGGCAUCCAUAUGUGCCUCCUUCAUGGCUAUAUAUACUGCAAUGUGUGCAUAUCAUUUAACAUGUACAGUUUAUCAUUAAAAUGUAAACCUGAA